GCAGAUGUUUUAAUCAUAAUCUCAUUUAAUUUUGAUGAAUUUCUUUGUGUCCCCUUACUUUUAUUCCUUAAAUUGUGUUUACUUGGUCUUUAAAAGGCUUAAAUUUACCUUCAAAACCUGCAGAAACCCUGUAAAUACUGGUUAAGCUAUAGAGCAAAAUGCCUCCCUUUAUCGUUCCAUAAAUGCGUAUCUCUGUCUGCAUUGGAUAUUAUUUGUAUAUAGCUUAGUUUAGAGUUGCAAGCAUUUACAUUUAAGUGCAAGGCUGACGUUUUUGUUGGCGUCAGCAUUUUCAUAUAAAUCCAAGCCGGGUUUUCAAGCAGCUAAUGCAAACAUAUUUGAUUUUUGAUGCACGUUUCAGUGGAGCCUUUGAAGAUCCGGCAGGACCUUAGAGACGAGUGUUCAUAUGGGAUAGAAGCGCUUUCUAUGGAACCGGCUGAUGAGAUGAAUAGUGACAGCGCUGGUGAGAGUGUGAUGUAAUUUCUGAUCAUCACUCUCCCUCUAUUUCCCCUUUACUCGGUCUCUGUGUCCUCCUCCUCUUCUUUUCAGCCCUUCAGAUGGCAAUCAGUCAUGUCCUCCGUCACCUCGACAUUUUCAAUCAGCGGUUCGAGCGUCUCUGUGGGGACGGAAUAGAAUUUGCCCAACACGCCGGAAAGAGCGAUGCAUUGACUCAUUAAUGAUAUGACAUGCUGUAAUGUCAAAAGGCACCGAGCAGAUUUCACUUUCACUUGAGAUAAAGAGCAAAACAGCUGUUGUAAUUGCUCUACCUUUGAAAAUGAUUUCCUGACCGAUGCGUGUCUGUAUGCGCAGCACGGUGUUCCUCUAAAAUCCCCUCUGUUGGUUGAUUGUGAUUGGGUAAUAAUAUAGACAGAUGGGGCCGCUGGGAAUUUUUGGUGGUAUAUUUAAGCAUUCGGCGCUGCAGAUGUGUUUGGCUGUGCACUGGGCGUAAUUGACUAUUGUGCUUGUGAGCUUUAGGACGGGCUGCGAGAUGUACGGCAGGCAGAUGGAGUCCGCCGCUGGAAUCGAGGAACUGACGGACGAGGAGAAGGAAAUUAUCAACAGUGUGCUGGCGAGAGCCAAGAUGAUGGAGGCCAUGGAGCAAGAGAGGAUUGGGCGUCUGGUAAAUCGCCUGGACAGCAUGAAGCGGACGGCCUGCGGUGACGGCGACUUGCGUUGUUUACUCUGCGGCCAGCAGUUCGGCCUGGCGGGCGUCAGCGCGGUCGUGUGCGCGGAGUGCAAAAAGAACAUGUGCACUAAGUGUGGCGUUCAAAGCGUCAGUCAUUCCAGUCCAAUAUGGCUGUGCAAAAUCUGCAGUGAGCACAAAGAGAUGCUGAAGCGGUCUGGUGCCUGGUUUUUCAAAGGUUUACCACAACAAAUUUUACCCGCUCCUUUACCGAUCUCUAAUAAUAGAGAGCUCAGAACCACCAGCGCGCCAACUUCAACCAAUCCACCAACCAAUCAAGAGUCUUCAGUAUCUUCACGGUCAAAAAAUGGAGAGAGCAUGCAGGUCACCGGCAGAGAGCAGCAGAUAUCUGCAGAAACGAUGCCCCCUAAACGGGACGAGCAUUCGGUCAUAUCCCAAAGAGCCCUAGAAGCAGACAGAGGUAGACAGUCUAUGAGCAGGAGCACGAUUCAGUCCAACGCCGUUGUGGAAGGACAAACGUACUCACCUGUGGUGAAGAGAGAAGUACCGGUGAUGAGCUCCAAACCUCCAGCGCCGACCUUUUCCACGACUCCCAUACAAAAAGAUCCUAUGAGUCGACCGGAGGCCAGGGCACCACCUGCUAUGCAGACCGACGCACGUUUGCCAGCUGCCAACAGCGUUCCCGCUUCACGCCAGCCACCACCCCCCACCGCAGAGGAUGAAGAGGACGCCAACAGCUAUGACUCUGACGAUGCCACCACUCUGGGCAUGUUGGAGUUCAGUCUGCUCUACGAGGAGGAGAAAAACGAACUGCACUGCAAUAUAAUCAAAGCAAAGGGUCUCAAGCCCAUGGACUCCAAUGGCUUGGCUGAUCCUUAUGUGAAACUGCACUUGCUUCCAGGAGCCAGUAAGUCUAACAAGCUAAGAACAAAGACGAUUCGUACCACCUUGAACCCCAUGUGGAACGAGACCCUUGUUUAUCAUGGCAUCACUAAUGAAGACAUGCAGAAAAAGACUCUCAGGCUUUCAGUCAGUGAUGAGGACAAGUUCGGCCAUAAUGAGUUUAUCGGCGAGACGCGGGUGGUCUUGAAAAAACUGAAGCUGAACCAGAAGAAGACCUUCAAUGUGUGUCUUGAGAGAGCGAUUCCGGUGAGACGUACUGCUGGCGCAGGUGCAUCUCGUGGCAUGGCGCUCUAUGAGGAGGAGUUGAAGGACGAUGAAGAGGCAGAGGAGAGGGGACGUAUCCUGAUUUCUCUCACCUACAACAGCCAGCAGAGUCGUCUGAUUGUGGGUGUAGUUCGAUGUGUUCAUCUGGCAGCAAUGGACUCGAAUGGCUAUUCUGACCCCUUUGUAAAGAUUUACUUGAAGCCCGACAUGGGAAAGAAAGCAAAGUAUAAAACUCAGAUCAAGAUUAAUUUCCUCACCGAGUUCAGCUAUGAAAUCAAGCAUGCUGAACUGGCAAAGAAGACUUUGGAUGUCUCUGUCUGGGAUUAUGACAUGGGAAAAUCUAAUGAUUUCAUAGGUGGCUGCCAGCUUGGUAUCACAGCUAAAGGCGAAAGUCUGAAGCACUGGUAUGAAUGUCUCAAGAACAAGGACAAGAAGAUCGAACGCUGGCAUGUUCUGUUGAAUCAAAACAACGUUGAGGCGGAUGACUGAGGUGUUGUAUCUCCAAAGAUGACCGUAUACGGUUCCAUCUUCCAAAAAAGUAAUCUCGCUUACAAGCUCGAACUGCUGAUAAUGUUUUCUUUUCAUUCAGAAAAAAAAGCCUUUGUCUUUGCCUCUCCUGAAACCCUGUGAUGAGCUGUAGUGGUCCAACCGAGAAAAACCUAGAAAACCCAGUUACUUUGUUUUUUGGUGGGAAAAAGACAGUGUAUGAUAUUUUUUCACUCAGUAAAUGCCUUAAAGAACAAAACCUCAUGAAUACAGAUUCAGUGACGCAAAUAUAUUAGUCAUCAAACCCUGCAACCACAUAUACUCAAGGACAUUGGGAAAAUGGACUUUACUCAUGUAAAACCAGUUCAAUGCACAAUACAAUACCAUUUAUUUGGCAUUAGAAAUAUACGCUGCCCUUGCAUAUGUCUAUUAUUAAUUUAUGUUUGUUUCAAUCAGUAUGUCACAGAUGAGAAAGACUGUGUAAAACAAAUUGUGACUAUAAAGUUUAGAAAAGUAUUAGAGUUAUAUCCAGUAAAUGACAGGUUGUUGAAGUUCAAUAUUGCAUCAACUACAUAUGGAAAUGUCCUGUUGUUAUGUGCAUGGAAUUCAUGGACGUGUUCCCUAAUUAUACGUUAUUAUCAUUGUUAAGUUUGAAUUUAUUUCUGUAACAUGUUUACAAGUGUUGUUAAUACCCAAUAAAGUGUU